UUGUUUUCACCCUUUGGCUCGUAGAUAUUUUCCCAUUUUUUCGCAUCCGUUGCCGUUGGUGAGUGUUGUACAAUGUGUACAAAUCAAUAAGGUUCUGUACAUUGAACAAAUUAAACAGAGAAUGAAGAAAUGUCGCUAAUAAAACUAGCACCAGCCUCAUGUCUACAAAGUUUUAUUUGGUGCCCUUUUCACGAGUGAAAUAUUAGGAGUUGACAGUCUGGUUUCAAAUAUCAUUUAUGUCGCACAAGUGCGACCGCCAUCACUCCCGUGGUGUAAAUGUCGCGACAUAUUUGUAGGACAACUUAUGACGCGACGUAAAAAAAAUAAGGGCAAAGUGCGACCUCUGUCUAUGACACAACUUUUUUUUUCCGCUGAUUUUGGUCGUUGAUAAUGUUAGAAAAACGACUGUAACGUUCUUAGGUCUUGAGAAUAUUUUGAAAUCCCUUUUUUCCGUGCAAAAUGCGCGCUACUUUCAUGUUGAGAUUGUCCCAGAGAUCGCGCGGCCAAAAUGUCACAUGAUAUACGUCUGGGACGUCGCUGUGUUUGUUAAACAUACUUUCUGAAGAAUCUGAAGUCUCACUACUUUCCAAAUCGCUAGAGAUCACCAAAUUAAACAUGGUGGCUCGAAAAUUAGCGUUAAUCACUCGCACAUUCGAAGUCCCGAGCAAGAGAAAUUUGGAGGCGCCUGCGCGCGAUAUCAAUGUUAUCAAACACUGUGACGUAACAAGCACAAUUAUCAUCCCCAGUUUCCCGGAAUGCUUUUAUAUGGAAAUUGGCAGUAUUUUGGCCGCAAAAAAUCAUGCAAAUUAAUUUUAUUUCGUAUUAUCGAAACAUUUUUCAUCUAUUACAUGUAUCAAAAAAGGAAAAUACUUAAAAAAAACUGUGUCUAAGAUUCAAACCCAUAAUUCGGGUACUUAUCACAGAAAAGACGUUCCUGAUUUUAUUCACAAUUCAGAUGAACUGUGAUGACUGGCUAUUGUAAAUACAAACCGCCACCAUUCCUCUCCCUCUCCCAGCCUCAGCACAACAGAAAAAAAAAAGGAACAAAACUAUACAAAAUAACAACUACAUUAAAUUGCGGGGCUGGAUCCUUUGUUUAAUUGAUCAUUCAUUUUCUUCUGGACUCCUCAGAGUAAAUGGUUUAUCCUUAUCAAAAGAAUUCAUCAAUGUCUCCCGAAUUAGAAAAACCAAAAGAAAAACAAUCAAACAAACCAACACACACAGAAAUUGUUUUCGUACAAAUUUAGCAAUAUAAAAGUAUGAAAUUUAUGAUUAUUCGCAAAUUACGACCAUUAUUAUGAGAAAACUUACAAAAUUCAGAUGAUAGCCGGCAAACAAAUAAAUAAAAGACAAUUACAUUUACUGGCUGUGCUAGUUAAGCUAUGCACCACCCUCUUGAUAUCCUUUGCCAAUUGUUUUCUUUACAGAAUAAAUAUUGGUCAGGAACAUUUUGAUAAACACAUCUGUAACAAUUACUGCAAUCAUGUCUCCUUAAUACAAAGUCAAAUGAAUAUGCUCAGUUUAAGAGACCUAGACACGUUAAUUUUAUAUGAUUUUCAAGAGAGCGGUUAUCCACUUGAUAUAGAGGGUCUGGAUGGGGUUAACUGACAACUGACAAAUGGCAAAAUUUUAACUGACAACUGUCAAAUCGCUGAAAAACUAACUGACAACUGACAUUUGUAGUGGGCUUUCAUUGACAACUGACAAAAGCCCGGGUCGCCCUAAAUAUCUUAAAGACUGGAUGUAAAAUAAGGACAUUUGAUUUAUUUUGUUCAAUGAAAGUAUAUUUUACUUUAUAUUCCAGUAGGAGUACGCCAGAGUGUCCUAUUUCGUAAAUAAUUACCGCAUGUGCCAUCCACAUCAAGGUCAUGUGUCACAUAUCAGUUAUAUGAUCUUUGAUACCCAACUCGAUCAUCAACUUACGCGAAGACCGUAAAUGGUGGUAUUAUUGCUCGUAAGCUUUUACCGAAUUGAGUAGGAAACGGCAUUUGAACGUCACAGAAGCCGCAUUCCUAUCAAAGAUGUUAAAACCAUUAAGGCUUUUGUUAAGGCUUUUUUUUUUUUGGAUGAAAACAAACAUUUUUAGCCUCUGAGGGGGAGAAAUUGCAUGAUGCCAAAUCAAAAGUUGGAGAAGGGGAGGAGGAAGAAAUUGAAGUGGAGAUAUUAGAUAAAGAAGAUACUAUGACAAACCCUGCAGAUGCCAAAAAGACUGUGAUCAGGAGGUAAUUUGUUUUUCUGCCAUGAUUUUUAUGUGGGAUUUUUCUUGUCUUGUCUUGUUGGGCUCUCAUGAACCUUUCAAAGGAGUGAGCGCAGAAAGGUGGGGCUGGGAACAAGGAACAGUGAAGACUAAGAAGACUUAUGCACUAAAUGCCUACUUGCUCCACAGAGAUAGAAUAACAGACAAGGGAGACACAUGGAAUCUUCCAGAAGCAGGUGCAUUUAUCACUUUUUGCCCAGGAAUCAUGAAAGAACCCUUGUGGGUCUGUUGUUCCAUAUGGAAUCCUAGAUUUCUCUCUCCUCCCAUACACAGUAAUGAGCUCUUAGUGUCCAAUGUGAUUGAACUAUCUCCUGAUGGCCCACCAACUCUGGAUUCUAUGGAAGACGCUACAGAAAGCAUAACAGUGGGUUUGUUGCACAGUUCCUCUGAUUUCAAGGGAUAUGAAGUGGUUAUUAAGAAACUGCUCGACCCAGAAAACAACGAGUGGUAUGAUUUGGAAACUAGAAUCGUUUGGGAUACAGGAGAGAUGCGGCCAGCCAUUUCCAAGUGGAAGUGCCCUUACGCUGAAGCUAGCUCUACAAUAACCCGUUUUUCCUCUUUCGCCGUGAUUUGGCGCCUUAAGUCUUUUAGGUUUCCAAAGCCAAACUCCAUGACCCCCGAGUUCAUCUGUUCAGUGCCAGACUAUCCAAAUGUCAGUAUUGUAAUUCCUUGGAACUCUGUUCCUUACAGUCCAGACUUCUGCUUGACUCUGAAGAUUCAAGAACCGCCAAGCAUUGACCAUAAAAGUGAGGAAAUGUUAGUUGGUCCGAUUCUCCACAUAUUGUGCUCGCAUGAAGUGAAUCUUUUGGCGCCAGCGAAAAUAAAACUACCUCUUGAAUUUUUCAAGGGGAAAAGAGAAUUGGUGCAUUCCGGUCAGUGGAGGGUAUUUCACUUUCAGCAGGAAUGGGUAGACAUCACAGAUCAGUUGGAGAUGUCCGUCUCCCUUACAGGUGGAAUAGCGACUUUCAAAGUGAAAGCUUUCUGCCGGUUUUUGCCUUUGAUAGCGGAUAAUCCUGCCGUUGUUAACGCUGGUGAUGUCUCUGAUCUGGACAGGAGAUCCAUGAGACAACGAGCUGGGUUUUUAGCUUGCAUUUGCCUUGACGACGAGAGGUUCUUGCUGAAAUUAUUCUGUUUUCCUUUGAAUUGGAAAUCCAAAGUGCAUGAGUAUAUUUCAAGUUACAAUGUGAUUUAUCAAGGUGAUGGAAACUCGAAGAAACCGCUAUUUAACGAGGACCAAACGUUUGUGUCUCUUUCGGAAGGACUGAAGGUGCUCGGUGAAAAAAUCAGUGAAGACCUCUCCUUAACGUUUUUUGGGGAUGGAGAAGACCAAGAAAAUGUGUACGUUACUAUCAAAGAUAAAAGGAACAUGUCAGUAAACUUCUUGGAAUGGCUGAACGCUGAAGAGAGGAGACACCCUGAAUCUAUAUGCAAUUUUCCUAUAAUUCAAACAAAAUUCACUACGCAGGACUUGUCUCUAUCCUCUCAGUCCUUUCCACAGACAACUUCACCCAGGCAACCAGAAACAAUUGCGUCUUCAAAUAUUACUGGCAGGUCACAAAGCGAAGGAGGAACUCGAGUUAAUCCAAGAGGGUCCCACUCAAAAUUGAAGGUUUCUCUUUUGGCAAGUGAGUGGAAUUCAUUAAUGGGAGGAUUGUCCACAAUUAACAGACACCUCGCCAUUCAAUUGGGAAGUCACAAGCAAGUGGAAGUCACUUUCCUUGUUCCUCCAUCAAGCUGCUCUGAAGAAGAGAAAAGAACCGCAAAAAGUCACAAUGUUAACAUCAGGGAAGUACAGAGUCGUCCAGGUUACAACUCCCUUGACUGUCUGAUCUCUCCACCGAAAGACCUGGCAAUUGAUAUAGUAGUGGGUCAUGGUCAGAAGCUUGGUAAACAAGCCCAAUUCAUCACAGAAUCGCACGGUUGCAAGUGGAUUCAGGUAGUACAUACUUCACCUGAGGAUCUAGGAAUGCACAAAGAUUAUCCCUUGGCCAUUCAAAAGGGUGAGGAGAAGAAAACAACCGAAGCAGAGUUAUGUAAAUUAGCAGAUGCUGUUGUUGCAAUUGGACCGAAUUUGGGGGAGACUUUCUCGGCUUAUCUUCGCUCAUGUGGAAAACAGCAAGAUAUAAUUGAGCUGACUCCAGGCAUCUUCAGUGAAUUUUCGACUAUAAAACAUGCUGAGGUGGACAAUAAAAAGUUUAGGGUGUUGACCUUUGGUCGUGGUGAUCAAGAGGACCUUAAACUGAAAGGAUACGAUAUAGCUGCUGAGGCAAUAGCUAAACUGAGCGACCCUUCUUACUGCCUAAUUUUUGUGGGUGCACAUGACGGAAAACAGGAGGAUGUUAAAAAAUUUUUGCUUCCGAGUGGAAUUCCUGAUACUCAGCUGACUGUGCGAAAGUUUGUGCAAAGCAAGGAGAAAUUGGAUGAUCAGUUUUGUGAGGUGGAUCUUUGCAUUAUGCCAUCAAGAGCAGAGGGUUUUGGCUUAACGGCCCUGGAGGCUCUGUCAGCUGGUCUUCCCAUUCUUGUCAGUGGCUGUUCUGGAUUUGGAGAAGCACUGUGCACUGUGCCAUCAGGCGAAAAGGUUGUUGUCAGAUCUAAGGAUCCCGAGGUAUGGGCAAGGGCAAUUUCCGGUGUCCGCCAGAAGGAAAGAUCACAGCGACUUGAAGAGGUUCAGCAUUUACGGUCUGCUUAUGAAGAGAAAUAUAGCUGGGGAAAGCAGUGUGAAAAUCUCGUGGAGAAGAUGUGGGACAUAAGUUAUGGGGCAGCCGCAGAAGUCUCGGAACGUAAGAACUGAUCGUGAAUGCCGUCGAGGAAACACGGUUGGUCGUACGAAACAUCAUCCUUCACUCAGAUAUCUACUUGGAAAAUAAGUCAAGUACUUAAAAAUAGAGAAAACAUUGACGAGAAAUGGCCACAACUCGCUCAAAAAAACCACUGGAAUUCGACGUGGACGUUGUCUCAGUCGGAGUAUUUAGCUAAGGACAUAAUCACAUGCAUCACCGUUUACCUUAGAGCAGUUCUUUCAUAGAACCUUACCAUGGCAGCAGAGCCGACCUUUAGCCUAACAAUAAACAAUUCAGGUCAAAUUGAUAUGUUAACAACGUCUUUGGCACAAGAUUCGCCGAGGCUUUACGGUGCUGUUUGUUGCUUUGGCUGACAUUCCCCGACCUCUGAAUGGAAAUACUUCUGGAAUAGCGAAGAGAGAGCUUAGAAAAUUCCUUAAACUGUUUAACUCUUCAUCCAUAGUUUUUUCUAUCUGUAUGGAUUUCUCGGAGCUCUUUUCAGUCAUAGCCCAUCUUUUUUUUGGCCUUGAUUUAGCUUCAAAUUAGGUUAGAUGCCACUUUUUGAAAUAAGAAAUAUCAAGAACAUGAAAUCGUGUUUUUGUGUCUUGCAUG